AUGGCCGCCGGGGGACCAGACCUGUACGAGACCCUGCAGAUCCACUACCCACCCAGCCCCCCCCGAGCGCCGGCGCCCAGGUCCCGUCCAGCCACACCCCGCUGGGCCGUGGGCACCGUCCUGGCGGUGGGCACAGCGGUGGUCCUGGUGCUGGGAGCUGCCCUGGCUGUCAUCAUCGCCUUGCAUGUGCAGAGCCAGGCGGAGCUGUGGGAAGCGCGGGCAGAGCUGGCAGCAGCUGGCACCUCUGGGCUGCUAGACCCCAACAGUGAGUGGGACCCUGUCCCCCGAGCUUCGUCGAGAGCCCAGCAGCGGCGCAGAGACGCAGGGACCGGCUCGUGGCUGCAGGGGCUGUCGCUGGGCUGGAGGUACCACGCGGGGAUGAUUUACUUCUUCUCGGCCGACCGCAAGAGCUGGGUGGACGCAGAGGCUGCCUGCCGCUCGGCGCACUCGCACCUCACCUCCGUCACCAGCGCCGACGAGCAGGACUACCUGGCACGGGAGGCACGGGGAGGCUCGUACUGGAUCGGACUGGAGGCCACUGGCCCGGGGAACUCCUGGCGCUGGGUGGAUGGCACCACCUACUCUGAGGCCCAGAGUUUCUGGGCGCCAGGGCAGCCGGACAGCACCGACCACGGGCGGUGGGGCCAGGAGAGCUGUGCCCAGAUCCACCCUGUUGGCAACGGGCUCUGGAACGACCACAACUGCAACUUCACCUUCCCCUGGAUCUGCAAGAGGAGCCUGAUGCCACCCUGACGCCACGGUGCCAGCCACGGGGAUGUCCAUGGUGCCAGAUCCACCGGCAGCCACGCUGCCAGCCACACCGCUGCGUCCGACGCCAACCACGCUGCCAGCCAC